AUGUUCGAAGCUGGCAGGGGCACAUGGCUCCAAUACAUUCGUGGCCGCGACAUCUAUUGGGGAUAUGGUGGCGACCAGCUGGUGCCGGUGCACGCCCAUGAGGCAACAUGUUCUCACAUAGUGUCCAUUCUCGGACAGUCGCACCAGGCCGUCCGGCAAUGGGCGCAGUGGCUCUUCAAUGGGCGGGAGAGAGAGAAGAAAGUAGGCACACUGUAG